AUGAAGGUAGCUUGCUGGUUCCUGGCAGUUUUUUAUAUGCUUGCCUGCUACAGGGCUGAAGAAGGACUGAACUUCCCUACCUAUGAUGGGAAAGAUCGUGUGGUUGACUUGAGUGAGAAAAACUACAAGCAGGCCUUAAAGAAGUACGGUAUGUUUGGUGUGCUGCUCCAUGAACCAGUGACUUCCGACAAAAGCUCUCAAAGACGAUUUCAAAUGACUGAGAUGGUGCUUGAGCUUGCUGCACAGGUCCUAGAGGAGAAAGGCAUUGCUUUUGGAUUACUGGAUUCUAAGAAAGAUGCAAAGCUUGCAAAAAAACUAGGUUUGGAUGAAGAAGGAAGCCUAUACGUCUUUAAGGAGGAUCAUGUAAUAGAGUUUGAUGGGCAAAUGUCAGCAGAUGUCUUGGUUGAAUUCCUAUUGGAUCUGAUGGAAGAUCCUGUAGAGAUCAUCAACAACAAACUGGAACUUCAAGCCUUUGACCACAUGGAGGAGGAGAUCAAACUUAUUGGCUACUUCAAAGGAGAAGAUUCAGAACAUUACAAAGCAUUUGAAGAGGCAGCUGAACACUUCCAGCCUUAUGUCAGGUUCUUUGCCACAUUUGACAAAGGGGUGGCCAAGAAAUUGGGCCUAAAGCUAAAUGAGGUGGAUUUCUAUGAACCAUUUAUGGAUGAUCCCAUCCAUGUUCCUGACAAGCCAUAUACUGAAGAAGAAUUGGUUGAGUUUGUAAAUGAACACAAAAGAGCCACAUUGCGCAAGUUGCAGCCUGAAGACAUGUUUGAGAUCUGGGAAGAUGAUCUAGAUGGAAUUCACAUUGUGGCAUUUGCUGAAGAAGAUGAUCCAGAUGGCUUCGAAUUCCUGGAAAUUGUCAAGCAGGUUGCCAAAGACAACACUGAUAAUCCUGAUCUAAGCAUUGUCUGGAUUGAUCCUGAUGAUUUUCCUCUGUUGAUCACAUACUGGGAAAAGACAUUCAAAAUUGACCUGUUCAAGCCUCAAAUUGGUGUGGUGAAUGUCACCGAUGCUGACAGUGUCUGGAUGGACAUCAGGGAUGAUGAUGAACUCCCUACAGUUGAGGAAUUAGAAGAUUGGAUAGAAGAUGUGCUUUCUGGCAAAAUAAACACAGAAGAUGAUGAUACUGAUGAUGACGAUGAUGACGAUGAUGACGAUGAUGAUGAUGAUUAGGGUAUUAGCUCAUUGAAUACUGAGCACCAAAAUCUGUGUGCCUCAAGAUACUACGCCUUACAGUAUUUCUCUUCUAAAGGGAAAAUACUGUUCUUUUUGACUUCUAAGGGUCAUUGAAAAUUCAUAGUCUUGAUCCCUUUUAUUUGACCCUCUUCCCAAAUACCAUCUUCUCUCUUCUGGCUUCCACAAUAUGUACUCUAUACCAGUAAGUCAGAAAUUAUUAUUUAAUUGUGCAAGCUCAGCGUUUAUGCUCCCUACCGGAAACUUUAAAUCUAUGAAUAUGUUUGUUCAUAAGAAUAAGAGAAAAUAAAGAAUUAUAUAAUAGUUCAUGAGUUACCAAAGUCAUUUCUACCCUACACUACUCCCAAAAGAGUGGCUUUUCAAGAUGUAGAAAAUGGAAACAGUGGAGAACAAUAGGCCUUUUCUCCCUGUUCUUCUGUCCCUUGGGAUUAUGGGCUCAUAUUUUCUCCAUGUGCCAUUUGUGUAGGACAUGUCCUCUAUAAUGGAAUUUCAGUCUUUGAGUCAAACUGCUGCUGAAGUUGAUUGUUUUCCUGUUUCCUGCUACUUACUUUCCUGACAGCAGCAGU